AAAUUACUCGAAUCUGCUCUCACCACCUUUGCAUCGCUAGCUCUCCUCGGACUCAGCGGCUAUGCUUAUCACCGGUAUUAUAAGUAUGUCACCCUCGACAAAAUCACCCAUGCCUUUCAAGCUGGAGAUCCUGCGCUCGAUUUCCACCACAAUCGUCACCACUUCGAGAGUGCCAGCGAGGGCCUCGAGGGUGCUGCGGACCACCAGUUUGUCAUCAGAGACGAGCAGUCUGAGAUCGAUGCCAUCGUCCACGGCAAGCGUGCAGGAUCUUAUUACUUGAUCAUUGGUGAGAAGGGCAAUGGUAAGAAGGGAAUGCUCCUCAAUGCGAUGCACAAGUCGCAAGGUGAGCACUGCUCCAUCAUGGAUGCUAGCUCGGAUCUGGAGAUCUUUCGCAUCAGGCUCGGCAAGACGCUAGACUAUGAGUUUGCCGAAGAUUUCAUCGGCGGGCUGUUCAGCAUCAAGGGUCAGCGCGACGCUGGACCCAUUCUCGAUAUUGAGCGCGCCUUUAAUAAGUUGGAAAAGGUGGCCAUUCGACAUAAACGCGAGUCGGGCGCUAGUCAUCGUCCACUCAUACUCAUCUUCAACAACAUGCAUCUCAUCCCAGACAAUGAAGAAGGCAAUGUCUUGUUGGAACUCCUCCAGCAGCGUGCUGAGUCGUUUGCUUCCUCUGGUCUCAUGACCGUUGUCUUCAACUCUGAUGAGUACUGGGUGUAUGAGCGUCUCCGACAGAACGGCCGGCACAUGGAGCUCCUGCCUGUCCGUGAUUUACCUAAGGAAAAAGCACUCAAUGCAUUCAGCAGCUAUCGUUUCCGACUGCAUCGUCACGUCUGCUCACAAGAAGAUCUCGAGGCAGUCUGGCAAGCUGUGGGCGGUCGUUUGCGCUUAUUGUCUAAAGUGGCAAAGGAAAAGGACAUGCAUGCCAAGCUGCGGCAGUUCCUUCGCCAUGAAAAGACUUGGGUGCUGAAUCAGAGCGCUCUGAUUCCAGACUUUGACGAUGAUGUGCUCGAUGAUGGAAAGUGGCAGGCUGGUACAUUUAUGCUUGCUCAAGCACUCGUGGAGGAAGAGAAGAAUAAUCCGCCUGGCGAGAUGGAGGACCUGGUGUCGCUGCCUCUCUACCGAUGUCGCCAGAUCCUUACACGCGCUGACUUUAUGCAAAAACUCGACGCCCUCAACAUCAUCACAAUCGAUACUGACUGCAAUGUUCGUGCUGAUUCGCGUGCCAUGAUGCAAGCAUUCAGGGAGAUUGUCGGCGAGGAGGACUUUCAAGCGAAUUUGGAUAAUGUCAUGGACCGCUGUAAUGCUGUCGAGUCGCUGCACAGGACGCGAGAGUUGGUCUUCAAGGGUAUU